AUGCCCUUUUUUAAUAAAUGUUUUCAAAAUGUCUUUGCAAAGGAUUCCGAACCCGCCAAACCCAAGGUUCGGUUUUUACUUCCAGGGGAGUCAUCAGGCUCACCAAUCUUAGAACCCAGCUCAGUCUAUAGGGACUCCAGGUAUCUAAGAAAAGCUGGAACUGAAACUUAUGGCGAGAUUUUUCAGAAUAAGCUGGAUUACACAGAGCCAUCAACCGGAAUACCAUUAAUUAGAAGGCGCGCUUUAGAAGCUGAGAAUGCAAAGCAACCACCAAAGAACAGCCCUCCGCAUUUCUCUCCACCAAAGUCGAUCUUUGUACGCAUUGCGGAGGAUCCACGUGUUUUUCCCGAUGAUUUUAUGGAUAUGCUGGAUGGCACAGAAGUAUCAGUUGCGUCAGAAUCAGUUGUUUUGCAAAAUGCAGAGUCAAGUUUGAUCUAUGAUAAACUUAGAGGUCCAGUAAAUAUUGGAAUUGAUUUUUCCUCCGAGAGUCGCCAGACAAGGAGGGAGGAUAUAAUUACGGAAUCUGACACAGUAACAAUCCUGAGGAGUGCUUCCCAAGUAGAGGAGGCAUCCAAUAACAGCUUCACCUCGCCCUAUGACAGUCCAAGCCAACUUCAAUUUCAUGUUGCUAAUGAAACCACAGAUGGAAACGCGGAUGUACCAUGUACAUCUGCCUUAUCAGAAUUUGAGUCUAGCUCGGUGUAUGAUGAUGAAAUCAUUCCGAGAGAGGCUCCAUAUCAUGUUGCUAUUAAAACCACAGAUGGAAACGCGGAUGUACCAUGUACAUCUGCCUUAUCAGAAUUUGAGUCUAGCUCGGUGUAUGAUGAUGAAAUCAUUCCGAGAGAGGCUCCAUAUCAUGUUGCUAUUAAAACCACAGAUGGAAACGCGGAUGUACCAUGUACAUCUGCCUUAUCAGAAUUUGAGUCUAGCUCGGUGUAUGAUGAUGAAAUCAUUCCGAGAGAGGCUCCAUAUCAUGUUGCUAUUAAAACCACAGAUGGAAACGCGGAUGUACCAUGUACAUCUGCCUUAUCAGAAUUUGAGUCUAGCUCGGUGUAUGAUGAUGAAAUCAUUCCGAGAGAGGCUCCAUAUCAUGUUGCUAUUAAAACCACAGAUGGAAACGCGGAUGUACCAUGUACAUCUGCCUUAUCAGAAUUUGAGUCUAGCUCGGUGUAUGAUGAUGAAAUCAUUCCGAGAGAGGCUCCAUAUCAUGUUGCUAUUAAAACCACAGAUGGAAACGCGGAUGUACCAUGUACAUCUGCCUUAUCAGAAUUUGAGUCUAGCUCGGUGUAUGAUGAUGAAAUCAUUCCGAGAGAGGCUCCAUAUCAUGUUGCUAUUGAAACCACAGAUGGAAACACGGAUGUACCGUAUACAUCUUUUAUACCAGAAUUAGAGUCUAGCUCGCCCUAUGACGUUCCAAGCGCAUUUCCAUUUCAUGUUGCUAUUGAAACCAUAGAUGGAAACGCGGAUAUACCGUAUACAUCUGUCUUACUGGUAUCAGCCCCCUUGUCAGAUGCUGUGAGCUCAGUUGAAAGAACCAAUUGGAAUAACCAAAACUCAGAGGACUGCGAUUUUGUUUCUGUGGAUAUUAGGAUUCCAGAGGAAAACGAUUCCUGUAUGAAUCAAUUAAAGGAGCCUAAAAAGAGUAGGAUACCACUGUUCAAAUUGUUUGCACGGCUCAAGAAGAGCAGAAAGACUCUGUUUAAACCGUUUUCAUGGUUCAAGAAGAGCAAAACGACUCUGUUCAAACCGUUUGCAUGGCUAAAGAAACGGGCAGAAAAGAAGGAGUUAAUAGAAAAAGUUGUUUUGGCUGAAACUGCUGACUCACACAUUUAUUCUGAACUUGGCAGAUCCUGCGACAAAAUGGCGCCUUUGUCGUAUGAUCUUGUACGGGGGACGAAAAAUGUGGAGGAUGCAUAUGCACUAGGGGUAUCAACAAGGCACAGCGGGAUCAUAUAA